UGCGUGUUUCUGCUUCUGUUUCUCCUUCCUUCCUCCCCCGACCCUCUGCACCCGACGAGCCCCCCGUUACCGCCACCCAUUUCCGGCCGAAAAUCCGGCAAAGCUUGGGGAUUUCUCCCUAUUUUCUUGUUCUUGAACCCAAAAAUCCCCCCUCUUUGCUGGAAAUUCCAGAUCUGCGCUGUCUUCUCCCCUCUGUCUGUCGGCCUCUGCUUGUGUGGGUGUGGAUUCUCAGCUUUUCUGGUAAGAACAGCCAUGAUUUCAUCCUUUUAGCUUUGAUUUAAGUUGGGUUUGCCUUAAUUCCUCUUGGUUCUCCAUUUUUGGGUUGGUCCCGUGAGUCCCCUGCAGAGAAUUCCCGCCGGCUUCUUUCCCCUGCUAGCUCCGGUUCUUGCUGGAAAAUUCUGGAAUUUUGUUAAUUGGGCUGUUGUGAUGUUGUGUAGGAGUAACCCCGUGACUUAGCCAUUGUUGGCCAAAGCCGUGGGUCUCCAUUGCUUGUCCGGGAAAUUGGAAUGAAUUUUGGCACUGUUCACACACCGAGGGUUAAUGAUUAACGGGGAUUUAAAGGUUUAGUUUGUGAUAUAAGAAUGAAUUUGGAGAUGUUCGGUUAUGUGGAGAUUGAUAGAAAUGGCACUGUAAUUAGGGGUAGUGCUAAUGAUGAUUUCACUGUGAAUUUGUGGUGGUAUGGUUAUUAAUUGUGGAAUAUUGUGAUUAGGUUUUGAUCGUUCUGUCACCGUAGCACUUGGAUUAGCCUUCUGUUCUGUGCGAGUGAGGAAGCGAAACUGAAGACGGGGAAACCGAGGGGAGUGACGAGUUAGAAGGCUAGCCACUUGUAAUUGAUAUAGAUUUGAGAGAUAAAUAAUGAUAUUGUAAGCUAGAUUGGAUUGGAGAUUUUAUAAAUUCAUUUCGCGGAUUGUUAGUUUAUAAGAGAUUUGAUCUGGAGGUUUUGAGAUAAUUGAUUUGAGUUAUUGGAUGGUCAGAUGUGAAUUGAAUAAGUUCCGAGCCUUGUG